AUGAAGGGAAGACUAUCUUGGCUUGACAUCAGAGCGGGGGUAAAUGAGCUUGAGAAGAUCAAUGGAUGCCACAUAAAAACAGUGUACAGCACAAGCAAAAAGGCAAUUCUUAUUAAAUUCAGCAACAAAGACCAGCUGCUGAUAGACCCACCAAGUAAGUUCCAUUUGACACACAAGAGCUAUGAGAAGGUCAAUUUGACCCCACUUGCACUUUAUUUGCGCCGGGAAAUAAGCAACUAUCGGGUUGAGAAGAUUACGCAGUUAGGGUUUGACAGGGUGGCUGUUAUAAAGAUACGGUCUGGAAAGGGGUGCAGACUGCUUAUUGUGGAGAUGUAUGCGAAUGGAAAUAUAAUCCUGACAGAUGAAGAACUGAACAUUAUAAAUCUGCUGAGGCCAGUUGAGCACUUGGGAAUAGUAAAGGAGGGAGUGUAUCCCGUGAAUCAGCCAGAGCUUACGUUAGACAUAGAUAGGUUUUGCUAUGUGAAAGGAGACACGUUAAAGAAAAAGAUCUCUAACUUUCUGUCGCUUUCAGGGCGUGUGGUAGAUGAUGUAAUUGCAGAUAUGUCUGUUGUGUUCAGGGAAAAGCUAGGGAUGGAUACUCCUCUGCAGCUGGCACUCAUAGAGAAAGAGAUAGAAAAUAAGUCCACUGAAUUCAUAGAGGUAUUUAACCACUUCUUUACAGAAGUCUUUAAUAAGCUGACAAGUGUUGGGGACUACGGUGUGGUGUACUAUGAUGGAGAGAAGCCAACUAUGUUUUCGCCGUGGAAAGAGAAGUAUCCCAAUCCCGGGCAGAAAAUACAAGAGUUUGAAGGGUUUGGGGCUGCCAUGGAUGCAGUGUUUAAUGUGCAGGAGAUAACAGAGACAGCCUCCCAAAAGAAGCAGAGGAAAAUAAGAGAGGCACAGGAAAGGGAUCUGCAUAAGAAGAUUGAAGAAAUGACAAUUCUGAAGGACAAGGCAGAGCUUCUUUCAGAAAAUCAGACAGAGGUAAAGAAUGUCAUUUCAGUGAUUGAGGCAGCAAAUGCAGCAAGCCUCUCUGAAAAGGAGUUUGAGAGAUUCAGAGAAACAGAAAAAGAUACGAACCCGACUGCGCAGAUCAUCAAAAAGGUCAACUUUGGGAAUAAAACAGUCGAUCUGACACUGGACAAAAAAGCAGUCUCCAUUGACUAUACAAAGUCAAUAUUCGAGCAGAUUAACAUGCUCUACCAAAAGGCAAAGAAAAUAGAAGAAAAGCUUAAGAAAACAAGAAAGGCUUUGGAUGAGAGCAAGCAUAAAGAAGUUGAGAUAGCAAGUAAGGUCGAGAAAAUUGAAAAGAUUGAGAGAAAUCCCUUCUGGUUUGAGAAGUUCAGAUGGUUUAUCACAAAAGACUCAGACCUCAUUAUAGCAGGAAGAGACUCAAAGCAGAAUGAAAUUCUAGUUAAAAAGUAUCUGCUGGAUACAGACUAUUACUUCCACGCAGAUAUCAGGGGAGGGUCAAGUGUAAUCGUUGGGGAGCAUGCAACGGAUCACACAAAAGAGAUUGCAGCCUCAAUGGCCAUGCACCUCUCCAAGGCAUGGGAGAAUAAUCUUAUCACAGAGGUGUAUUGCGUGCGGGGUGAUCAGGUCAGUAAAACAGCGCCUGCAGGUGAGUACUUAACACACGGAAGCUUCAUGAUCACAGGCAAGAAAGAGUUCUACCAUCCAACCAGGCUAGAGUACGGGUUUUCGCUGAUAUACAAGAUAGAAGACGAAGAGAUAACUAUAUCUGAUGACAACAGAAAGGUAACAGGUUUUACAGCUGAUCCCCAGGAGGAGGAGGCAGUUGAGUAUGCAAUUCCUGUUGUGGGCCCGUAUAAAUAUCUUGCUGGAAAGAAGUGCAGACUUCUUCCUGGAUCUUCCAAGAAGGGCAUGGUCAUAAAAGAGCUCCUUGCAAUUGCUGAGCUGGAGAGACCUUCCUUCCGGAAAUACAUCAAAAACAUCACAGAUAAAGAGAUGGAGCUAACAGUCAUAGGGAACUCAAAGCUUUCCCAUGCAGAGGUUGUAAAGAGAGGAGACAAGUCACUAUUUGCUCGCAAAGUGAAAACAAAGAAAAACAAAAACAAGCCAGUAGACAGCGACUAA